AUGACGAACAUCGUGCAGGGGAUCAUUGAUUCAAUGGUCAUGCAUAAUCCGUUCAUGCUGCCUUUGGCACCAGUCUACAAGGCGACCGAAAACUCGCACCCGGCAGCGGUCACUAUGAUGACGGCGUGGCGCACUAUCACGGAGGCAGGUGAGCCCAGCCUGCUGGCAAUCGACACAACAAACGGCACAGCCUACUUCGCCCUGGACGUUAGCGAAGGCGACGACGCGAAGAAAACAGUCCUUCGAGGACGAGUCAAGGUUGUCGACCGGUUAAUCACCGAGCUGGAGCUGUUCAUGAACCGCAACCGAGGAGACCACGGCUUUUCCUACUCGGCCAUAGAACUUCCGGCGAACUAUGCGGAAUUGAUGUCGCCGCCAGCCAAUCGAACAAAGGCGAGUAGAGAAUACUUGUAUAAUCUGAGCGAUGCCCUUUUCUCGUCAACCAACAACCUUUCCGUUAGUGUUGAUGACGACUGUCAAUUCACCGAACUGGGCUGGAAGGUUAUUGAUACUGGUGUCUACGGAAAUGCUUCAAGUGACCCGCUCGGUUGCAGCUGGCCAGAUGAUCAUCCCACUGACGAUAAUGCACGCGUAGCCUUAGUUGUCGACGAGGAACUGGGCUUUGUCGUGACUAGCGGCAUUAUCCCAGGCAAAGUCUACCCCUACCAGAAUGUCUCCGCUUUUAUCCCGAAUCGUAUGACUUCGGCACAGGAAGCGCAGGAUGUGUGGGUAAAAGAGACGGAAGCCGAAGCUGAAAUCACAGUCGUGUCUCCUUUUGGAGCCACUGGUGACACACUCGAAGUGCUUCAGUACUACGACGGAAAGCUCCAGGCCAUGCAAAUCAAUGUUUACUUGAGUGGCCCGAAUAUGACGUCGCCCUGGCUGUGA